AUGGAAAAAUGCAGCAAGUGUCCACCCGAUGAAUAUCCAAAUGAAGACCAAAUACAAUGUAUCCCCAAAAUUAUAACCUUCCUGUCUUACAAAGAAUAUCUGGCCAUCAUCUUGAUCUCCUUUGCCCUAAUCUUAUUCCUAACCACAGGGCUUGUUUUAAUCAUAUUCAUUAAAUACCUAGAAACUCCCAUUGUCAAAGCCAACAAUCGGGACCUCUCUUACAUCCUCCUGGUCUCCCUCCUGCUUUGCUUCUUGUCUUCUUUCCUUUUCAUUGGUCAACCAAGAAUAGCCACCUGCCUUCUUCGACAAACAGUGUUCAGCAUUGUCUUCUCACUUGCCAUUUCUUCACUCUUAGCCAAAACAAUCACAGUGGUGCUGGCUUUUCUGGCCACAAAACCAGGAAACCGAGUGAAGAGAUGGUUGGGGAGGGGCUUGGCCAACUCCAUCAUCCUUUCUUGUUCUGCUGUCCAAAUUAUCAUCUGCUCCCUCUGGCUGGUUAUUUCUCCCCCAUUCCCUGAUUUUGACUUCCACUCCCAGCCCGGAGAGAUCAUCCUGCAAUGCAACGAAGGGUCUGUGGUCAUGUUCUACAUCACCCUCAGCUACAUGGGCUUCCUGGCUGCCAUCUGCUUCACAGUAGCUUUCCUAGCCAGGAAUCUGCCUGGGGCCUUCAAUGAAGCCAAGCUGAUCACUUUCAGCAUGCUGGUCUUCUGCAGUGUCUGGGUGACUUUUGUUCCUACUUACAUGAGCACUAAAGGGAAAUACAUGGUGGCUGUACAGGUCUUCUCCAUCUUGGCCUCCAGUGCUGCUCUGUUGGGCUGCAUCUUCAUCCCCAAGUGCUACAUUAUCAUUCUGAGGCCAGACUUGAACACCAAGGAGCAUCUUGCAACCAGAAAAAAUGUAGAAAUGUGA